CGUAUUCCUUGAUUUCAUAAAAAUUUUGAUAUGAUUGUACUUCAAUAUGGCGAACCGCGACAAAGGACGCAGAAAGUGGGGAGAAUUUUUACAAGAUAAUACAAAAUCAGAAAAAGAUAGAUCAAUAGGAAUGCGUGGUGGAGGAAACAGAGCCCCCCAAGCUUUGUAUAGGCCAGGAAGUGGACCUCUUCGUAAAUCUGGAAGAUCCACAGAUGAUUUAGAGAAUGAGAACAUCUCGCUGGAGACAACUAAACCAAGCUCCGUCCAACAUCGUUUGAAGCAGUCACAACUGAACAGAUCCAAUCAAAGUUUUAAUAAUCCACCAUCAUCUCAAGUUGAACACGUAACAGAAAAAUUGAAUGAUUUAAACGUUAACUACAGAACUACUACAGACAUUGAACAGACACAAGGUUCUUCACAAAAUAGUAAUUUAGGAGAUUCACGAAGGAAAAGCAAGAAACCGGAACAACAGCUGUAUGUACCCAAAAAAGUAAAAGAAGCAUUAGCUGAACAGGACAUUUCGAAUAGAUCAUCCAAUCAAGGGGUUUGGGAUCGAGAUCAAGAUAGAGAACACAGUGAAGACCGUGAUUCUCAUUCCAAUCGCAGUCAUAAAAGCGACAGUCAUCAUAAUCGUGCAGGUGGUCGUGGUGGUCGAGACAAUGAUAAUGGAAACAGAGGCAGAGAUGAUCAUGGGAAAAGAUAUUCGGGAAAUCGUCGAAAUCGUCAUGGCAAUGAAAAUGAAGAGCGUUGGCGAUCUGAUUCACCUCUAUCUAAUAGAAGCUUUGGAACUCGGAAAGAUAAUUCCCGUGAAGUUAGACAGGGUUCAGAGCCACUUUUUGCAACAAUGAAUCAUGUAAAUGAUUUCAAUCGUACGAGGGAUACACGCAGCGUAGAACCAGACAAAUUUCAAGGCAAACCACCUUCAGGCAAAUGGGGUGGUCCAAAAGAUAGUUUACCCAAAAAUAUAAAAAUAGAACACUUACCACCACGGUUACAGAAAAAAUAUCUUAUUGAUAACGGUUUACCAUUACCACCAAGCAAUCCAUCACCCGCAGAAGACUGGAAUGGCAGUAGUAUAACAUUUCAGGGAUCAACAAGCUAUAAUUAUCCACCUGCUAUGCAACAUUCACAAACUAUGCAAAGUUUACCACCUUCUGGCCCAUUACCUCCACAACCUAGCUGGUCUAAUACAGUUCCGGCAAGAAGUAGAGGCAGAGGUAGACUCAGACCCGAAGAAAUCGAAAGUUCAACAAACAUCUUUAGGUGUGUUACACCUGAUCAAUAUUCAGCUCCAAGUUCCCGGUCUCAUACACCAAGUCAAGAAUACAUGCAAAGUAGGUCUUACGAUCGUCGUGGUAGCAACAGUACUAUGUACACCAGUAUGGAGAGUUUAAGUCGUGCUGACAGUUCAAUGAUGUUGCCACCACCGUCAGUAUCACCUGUAACUUCAACAUCUAGUGUGAACAAACGUCACAGUUCGCCCGAUAGCCAUCGUCGGGGAAUGUCACCACCGCCAACUUUCCAUCGUCCUCAAACGCAACGACAAAAUAACAGUGCACUUGACCGUAAUACAGCAUCGGAAAAGAAAAAUAAUCCGCAAAAUUUAAGCAUUAGUCCAUCAAAAAGUGAAUCCCUCAAUACUGGCUCAAAUACAGCUGAUCAUGUAUUUGAUUGGAAUGAGGAGGUUGAGUUGCAUGAAAAAUUGGAAGCUGAACGCGCAAGUCGUAGUUCUUCUGUAUUAAGUUUGCGUGAAAACGUUAACAUGUCUGGAAAUGAAACUACAACUAGCAAUCACAGCCGACGUAAAAAAAGAAAGCGUGAAAAGCGACACGCAGCAGAUCGGAGCAGCAGCAGGGAUAAAGCUCGAGUUAAUAGCCGUGAUCGGCAAAAUAAUCAACAGAACAGAGAAAAUGAUAACUACAACAACAAUCAAAAGAACAAUAAUAGUAGUAGAAGAUAUGAUCACAGAAGGCAUCAUCGCAAUAUUAUACAACAUAGCCGAGAAUCUAGCAAAGAUAGAAAUUAUCGUAGUAGUAGUAGAAAUUUUGAUGAUCUUCACAGACAUAGAACAUCUGAUCGAUACUUGGAUGAAAAUUGGAGAACCGGAAGGAAAAUGUCUGCUUGCGAGUCCGACGACGGACGACACACACCAAAUGUUGCUUCUCAUUCUGCCCCUUUAACAAAUACUACUUUGAACUUACCAUCGCACCAAACAUCUACUGGUUAUAACAACUCUCAGCAACCAGGCGUAUUGGUAUUACCAGAUACUAACCAAUCGCCGCCCAAUCAGUCCGGUUCAAGACAGCAAGGGCUGCAGCAACAGAGGACAUUAUUUAAUCAUAACAAUCCCAAUAAACCUAUUGUGGUUCCUUCGCCCAGUAGCAGGGCAACAGUACAAAGAGAGAAUGAUAGCUCAACACAAAGUUCCACUGUCCCUGUGUUCCAAUCUCAUGGAGGCAUAACUUCACCACAUCAUAGUUUUCAAGGAGCACACUUGGACGGUGUACCACCCCCAUACAUGCCGAAUGACCAAUUUGCAAGUACAAGACCUUCGUGGUACGAUCCAUACUCGGAUAGUUUCCGAUCAGCCAAGAAUCCUUACUUACUUCUGGACAUAGAACGUGCUGAUUUAGAGUUACAGUGGAUAUUGAGUUCUGGCGGGUUCACUACAAACUGGGAAAGAGUUUUAUACAUAAGGCAUUUCUUGCAAGAAAGUUUGAAAACUCUACUUGAAACUGACAUCAAGUUUUGUCAAGCCGAGAAUGUUGAGCAACACUUUUGGAAGAUACUUUUUUAUAACAUGAUCGAAAUGCUUCGGAAGGGUAUGCCGAAAGAAAGUUCUGAAGGUCGGGAGCAUUACAAAAAAAUGAUGCUGAAGAUCAUCGACGAAGGCACUGUAUACUUGGAAAGUUUGCUGACUGUUCUUGAGAGCAAAUACGAAUUUAAAUUGGACAUGUUUCUUGCAUCAUCAACUUUGCCUAAAGGCCUUGGAAUCUUGGGCUUAGCGUUAGUAAGCGCGCAGAAAAUAUACUUAUUUUUAGGUGACUUGGCCAGAUACCGAGAACAAGCAAAUGAAACGAAUAAUUAUGGAAAGUCUAGGCAGUGGUAUUUGAAAGCGCAACAACUUAAUCCAAAGAAUGGAAGGCCCUACAAUCAACUUGCCUUAUUAGCUCAUUAUGCACGACGAAAAUUGGAUGCAGUAUAUUAUUAUAUGAGGUCUCUCAUGGCAUCUAAUCCGUUUCAAUCUGCGAGGGAGAGUUUAAUAGGACUUUUCGAUGAAAACAGGAAAAAGUAUCUACAUUAUUAUGAGUCAACCGAACGGAAGCGAAAAGAAGAGAGGGAGUGGAAGGAAAGGGCCAGAAUGAAAGAGAAAGAAGGAGCAAACAAUGUCGGGGGUGGAUUGAGAAGAGAAAUUUGGGUUCAUCCUGGUGGUAGACGAGUUCGUCGUACAACUACCGCAGCCACUGCCAAUGAAGCGAGAUUGUCUCACAGUGAUUUAGAAGACUUGGCGCAACUAAGUAGCGUCGAGGUGAAUAAGAGGUUCGUCACAUCUUAUCUACAUGUUCAUGGAAAGCUGAUUACCAAGAUAGGGAUGGAGACGUUCCAGGAGGCCGGGGUUCAAAUGCUGAAAGAAUUCAGAGCGUUGCUGCAACAUUCGCCGCUUCCGCUUCCAGGGACGCGACUGCUUCAGCUCCUCGCUCUGAACAUGUUCGCCAUCGAGUCGACGCAGCUGAAAGAUGCCCAAAUGGAGCAGGGGUACCGGUCCGAGGUCCAAGAAAGGGCACUGGUCGUAUCCUUGCAGAUGUUCAAUCUGAUUUUAGAACGUGGCGUGUCCUUGCUCAAGUCUCAGUUGGACAGCGGCGAAGAGUCGCGGAUGGUUGUUAGCGAGGACAUGCAAGUCCUUUUACCAGCUAUCAAGAUCUGGUGCGAUUGGAUGCUCUGCCAUAGCACCGUUUGGAACCCGCCACCGUCGUGCACGGACUACAGAGUAGGCCCUGCCGGAGAUGCCUGGAGCAGACUGGCCACGAUGGUGAACCUGUUGGAUAAGCUGUCUUACUCCAGAACUAUUUUGAUCCAGGCCAAGGACGCGGAGGGACGCGAGGACGAACUGGAACUGGUGAAAUUACCCGAAGACACAACCCUGGCAGGAUUUACGCCGCUGAUGUCGAAUCCCCAGGAUCCUAUUUACGCGGAGAAGACCGAGGACAUGGAAAUAGCACAGGUGUGCCUCAGGAUAAACAUGAUAUUGUUCUUCGGGCAAGUGUAUCUCUGCGGCUUGGAGACGCCGGUGUUGAAGUUGCAGAAGAGCGAGAACGGCGACAGUGAAUACGUCUCUGUGGUCGAAGCUUCGAGCACGAGCAUCCCGAGUUCACCGCCGGAACAGAGCGACUCGGAGCUUCUGGUAGAAAGUUACAGCGAGGACGAGGACGAGCCGGUAUCAUCCACCCUGAGGAGAUUACCCUCGUGUUCGGAUGUGCCCGAUGAUAACGCCACGCCGGGUGCCACGGUCGAGAUUAGGUCGUUGAUUGAGAAGAAAGAGGAGCUCGAGAGACGACAGCGAAAGCAGGAUCGUCAUCGGCAACGGGUGCAGCAAAUUCUGCAGAACUCGUCGGUGUCCGUAGAGAUCGAAGUACGACCAAGGCAGCUGGUACCGGACACUAAUUGCUUCAUCGACUACCUGCCGCAGUUGCAGAAUAUCACAAAGGCGACUUCCAACGCGCAACCCAUCUAUACGCUUAUGGUGCCGCUUGUGGUUCUGAACGAGCUCGAGGGGUUGGCCAGGGGUGCGGAUGCCAGAGACUGUCCUCCAGCCUCGAAGGCGGCUCUGGACCCUGAGCACGUGGCCAGGGUGGCUGAGAGUGCGAAAGCGGCUCUGGCCUUCGCCAGAAGCAGAAAUCCAGCUAUCCGGUGCUUAACCACAAGAGGAACUGUCCUCACAUCUAGCACUUUCACCGUCGAGGAGGAUGUUGACAAGGACGGGUCGACAAGAAACGAUGACAGAAUACUGGCUACGUGCUUGAGCCUCUGCAAAACGGGUAACAAAGAUCAGGCGAACGCAGAGGAGAGCCAGCCGAGGCGUCUGCGGCGAGAGGUGGUCCUUUUAACGGAGGACAGGAACCUGAGGGUGAAGGCCCUGGCGAGAGACGUUCCUGUCAGAGAGGUGCCCGACUUCAUGCAAUGGGCCGGCCUCGGCUGAGACGUUUCAUCAACCAGACCCACCCGUUAACGAAAAAUCUCCCGUUACCCCCGCCGAGAAAAUUUCGACCAGCAAACAACCCGCAGCAGCAGCCGCAGCCGCAACAAGAACCAGCAAGACCAAAAGCACAGCGCGGAAGACAGACAAAGAGGAAGGAGAUAUAGAACCAGAUAGAUAGAUAGAAAGGGAGAAAGAGAGAGAGGGUGAGAGAGAGGGAGAGAGAGAGAGUUUGACGGAUGAAGUAAGGAAAUAAAAAAGAGGAUGUCUCGCGAGUAGAUGUCAUCGCGCUCUCCCAAUCGUGGCCGAUCAGCCGUCACGUAAGUUCGUCCCGAUUGUCGAGGUGGCUAGCUUAUUCUUAUCUGCGCGACGGCGAUGAUGACGACGAUGACGACGAUGAGGCGGCGUCGCGUUUUUUUCCACGACAAAUGUUACUUACCUUCGAGCGCGAACCACAAGGAGAGAGAAAGAGAGGGAGACCACGGAUCGUAGGAAUCGUACGCGAGACAGGCGGCGAAUGGUCUCUUCUACGAAACGAGAGGAUCGGCUCUCGAGGGCUGCGAGAUCAUCUCGGCUCUGCGAGACGGUUCCCAUCCCUCGAGUCGGAGGCUAGGCCGCCGGGGCUGAGGCUCCUUUCGCGCGAAACACAGCGGAAAUUCGGUGACAGGCGACGAACGGUUAGUUAAUGAUGGACAGGAGAAACGGUGACUGAGCGGUGAGAUGGCGAGAAGAGAGUUGCGAGAUUAGAGAAAGCGAUGAGAGAGAGAGAGAGAGAGAGAGAGAGAGGGUGACAGAGAGACAGAGGAAGAGAGAGAGGCGUCGGUAUUUUUACACGUAACGAAUAUUUUUUGGUUGAUUUUAUCGACGACGGCCCGCCCCCGCGGACUCGUCCUUUUUUUGUGUACCUUCCUUUUAUCAUGUUUGUAACGAUCUACACACGUAUACACAUAUAUAUAUCUACAUGUAUAUAUUUGUACGCACUUUUGAAUAUUGUAUAGGCCGUAUGCGGUCGUUGGAGGAUGCGCACGGAAUCCGGUGUAUACGUCCGCGUGUUGUUUGCCCUUUCCUUUUUUGUUCUCUUUUAUUUGUUUCCUUUCCUCCCCCCACCCCUGCCCUUUUUUCUUUGUUCUUUUAAUGCCGUCCUUAGCGAACCUCGUACCGAAUGGUUCUCGGAUCAACGUUCCUUUCGUCGAUUUAUCUUUCGGCCUUUAUCUUUUCGCGCGACCGUUUUCGAGCUCUGCGAAGCAGUUUUUCCUGGUUUUUAAUCGUUUUCAUCCGCGCGCGCGCCGUUUGCUCCAAUUCUCGCGAUCGGUCUCCGUUUCGUGGACGUUCUUCUAGCUUUCCUUUUCUUUGGUUUUAAACCCCUCGCGGACAACUCACGGAUCGACGGCCGCGAAUCAUGGAUUCGCCACAGUCGAAUUCGCACGAUCCGGAAUCGUGGGCACUUUUGAAACGAGACGCGGCUUCGACCGAUGAAGCAAGCUUUCGUCGCGCCAUUUCAUUGUUGUGUUCAGAUGGCUGAAGGAGGUAUCGGUGUGUCCCCCCGAGUAAACCGACGACAGAUCGAGUAAUCCACACUAUUCGGCCCGAAGCCUGUGCUCUCGCUAGGCGACGACAGGUGACAUCGGGCGCACGUUUUUCUCGAACAGCGUGAACGCGUGUCGGAUUCGAUUGCUAUCGUUGUUAGUGGUGAUUUACUCGUCGAUACACUUAGUAUUAUUUAUUUAUCGAGUAGCCGAAUGUUCCACCGUUUACUCAUCGAAUUAUCGAAGCGAUACUCAGGUUUUUUCUUCAGACUAGCAACAUUCGUCUCCAAGACAUGCUUAUAAAUCGUUUCGGCAUCGCUCGCAUGAAUGCUGCGAACGCCGGUUGGUUUUUAACGUAAUUAAGGUAAUUUGCCCGAUUGCUUUUACGCGAGAACAUAGAUCAAACGUGACGAAAUAUAACAUAAAAUAGUCCCUAAGCUGCGUUUUAAAGUAAAUCACCGUACAAUAUAGUCAUUUUAACAGCCGAUUUCGUCGAGAUUGGAAUCCCGAGCGAUCGCCCCGGAUCGUCAAACUGCCACGUAGACUUUUAUUUUCUUUCCUUCUUUCUUUCUUUCAACAACGUCUGAACAUCGAACGCGAAAGCUUAGAAGAACCCCUCGAUCCGUGAGCCGUCGACGAGAACAGUUUUAAAUACUCUUUUAUAGUGAUUUACACGCCGUAGGCGUGUCAGAGCCGUACAAGGAGGACGCAUCUUUUACUGCACAAAACAGAGCGGCAGCAUUUUAAACGAGCACGAGUUCACGCGUUCGAAAUGGAAUCAAUUUGACGACAAUUUGCCGACGAGUUUCGGAGCCAUGACGUACGAGGUCCGAGAAGAUCCUCGACGUUCUCCCGGCGAUUGCGCGCGUGUCCUUGCCCAGCACGGACGCGACCGCGCGAAUUUUCCAUCGUGAUGACACACGUGACACGUCGGACACGGGAACGUGGCCACCGCGAGACCCGAAAUGUCGCUAAUUACGGUAAAUUCUCCGCAAUUCGCGCUCAAAUUCUGCACAAAAAUGGGCAAUUUCGAAAGGGGAGACGCGACUAUUCGAGCUUCGCGGCUCGUUUUUGUAGUCACCGAUUAAGAAACAACGAUGAAAAACGACCUGCGAGAGGCUCGAACAAUCGUAUCUGCUCUUCCAAAAUCGUCGAUUUUUGUGCACAGUCUGAGCGCGAAUUAGGGAGCAGUAAUCUCGCGCGGCGAGACACGGUUCCUUUUCGUCGGCGACGUUCACGCCAUCUUGUCGGAAGCUGGCGUUCUUGGCCGGCCAUAUUGGCGCACGCUGGGAACAUCAUUUCUCCUCAUUCUUUCCAAACACAAGGUCAGUUUCUCAGAUUUUUGCUGUAAAGUGAAUGAAAUUACCUUGUUAAAUUCGGCGUUAUUUGUCCGCCGUGUUGAAAUUCACAGUAUUCCAAUUUUCUCGGUGACAUUAUACUCCCUUUCUUUGAAUCGUUACGCAAGUAUCGUUUGAUCAGUGAAAUUCAGAAUGUUGUCUUCAAUUUCGCAACGUUAGAUUCGUCGAUUAUGAUAUAUUUCUCGACGGCCAUUAUCGAUGUCCUCGAGGCUGGCACCGAAUGUUUCAACGAUUAAAUUAGCUUUCAUAUUGAUCUAGAUUUUUUGCAAUGAAUUCAGAUUUUCCGAUCUAUUACCAUCGCUCUAUUGCCAUUAGAUCGCUACAAUUUCGGCCGUUUCGGUGAGAACCAAAAUGGCGUCCGCGCAGCCGACGGCAUUUUCGAGCCGCAAACGCCAUUUCGCGACUAACGCUGGCCGGUCGUCGGCGAACCAGCGCAUGCACGAGGAUUACGCAAUUCCCAAUUAACGCUUAAUAAUCGAGAUCGACGAUUGCGGUCGUUGCACGACUGUCCUUUCGUCGAUCAGAGAAAUGCGUACACCGUUGAUAGAGUUCACAGGCUUCGAGUAUCGGAACGGAAAUCGCGACAGAUUCUCAAGAUCGAAUUGCAGAACGGUUUUUCGAAUUUUCCGGCGAGAACCUUCGUUUCUUCAUCCUCCGCGAUCCACACUUUUCCCGUAAUCCUCUCGAGUACGCCGUCAUUAUCGAUCGUCUAUCGAACUCGAAUAACUCGGCGUAAAUGACACGUUACUAAUAAAAUGUCGGAAUUAUACGCGCACGUUAUAUACAUAGGGAUACAGUUUUCAAGGUCACUAUGGAUUGCAGAGACCACGGAAUCGAGUAAGAUCGAGGAUCGACUGUUGCACAUAAUUAGCGGGUUCACUAUUAUGUAUAUUUAGGUACAUGCUACAAGCAUCGUUUGUAGAAUUAAGAUUUUUCUAAAUUUUAAUUUUCAGCGUAACACUUUUCUGCUCUCACACACAGUAUUCCCUCUUGACAUAACCCUUCGAUGCACGAUUUAUGCUUCUUAGCUUGAACACGGAUGUUUCGCGAAAAAUCACGAAAUUAUUGAUCAUGCGUUCGAGUCCGAUUUCGAUAGCGUUUUCGUCGAAACGCGUCCGAGAGUUUCAUGUGUGCAACGGUCUCGCAGUCGUCGACCGACUGCCGAUGUUCGCGCGAUCACUUUAAUCGAUUUUUCCAUCGGUAGAUCGAUCGAUCUCUCGACAGACGAAACUGACAGGUACCAAAAAUCAUCAAAAAAACAAAAAAGAAGAAAUCCGAAUUCGCAUCAAGAUACGAACUACGAAACGUUGCCUCGCGUUAGAUCGAGACGGUAAUCGGAUCGCGUAGCAUCGCAUCGCGAUCGAUCAACGAACGAACAUCGAUGAUCCACGGGAACGAAAAAGUCCUCUCACAAUCAUCGACUAUAAUACGCGCGCAUUGCACCGGGUCUGCGUUUUUCCAUUGUCCGCGAUUUUCACGAAUUUUCCAGAGAUAGCUGCUAAUCUACGCGUGAACGGAGAUCCAUCGAUGCUUGCAUGAUUUCGUAGGAUCCAGAAUGAGUGUCCGGCGCGAUCGUGACGUUGCUCGAUCGAAUUUCGAAGAUCGAUCCUUUGCAGGGGAUCGGAAUCAAGACCGGAAAAUCGACACGGAAAGGUUACACGGUCGAAGGUAAAACGUUCGCCGAUCUUCGCGUCGAUGUUGGGAACACUGGCGCGAUCCAGAUACGAUAAUAAUCGCGGAGGAUCGAUCGUUGAUCGAUCGGAUCGGUCGCCGGGCAGAUUCGCUGCGAUUCAUUCCUAGUAGAAGGAUCGAUGCGUCGAUCCGCGAUCAACGAAACGAUUCUCCCGAUUUUCGCGUGGAAUCGAUUUCGAACUUUGACCUCGGUUGUCGAACGAAUUCUCGGCGAACUGUCUGCACGAUCAUUGUCUUGUUCGAUCAGAUUCGUCGAACCUGCUGGCGCGAUGCUGUCCGGAUUGCUCGAGGCCCACUGUUGAACGAGAACCAUUGAAAUAACGACAAAACACUAGCAACUUAGCACUUCCUAGCAAAUUAAUAUUUAUUAACAGGAACACCGCUUCGACGAUUCUAUCCUCCAUUCGUGUUGCCGGCGAACGCGUCCUUUGUCGGUCCUUCGAACUCGUUUGGCCGAGCUGUAUAAACGAUCCUUCGUAAUGAUCGCACGUCGAUUAUUAAUUACGUUACGUCGUGUAUUAAUCGCAUUAAUCGCCCUGGUCCUCAAGAUCUUCAAUUUUUAUCAAAUCUCCGAUGCAAUCUCGGUGUCGAGGACUCGCGAACCGACGAGUUCGUACUCUCGGUGAUUUCGCGCAUGCACAGGGUGACGGAUAAUUUACGGUGCGAAGGGAAAUUUACGAACCUGUUCGCUCUAUCAUCGGAAGAAAUGGUCGAGGGAUCGGCUUCGCGGAACACACCGUUCGGGGAUCGAUUACUUUGGAUCGUUCCUGCUGGUCAUUUUUUUUCAAUUCAAUGUACACGGAGUUUCCAGCUGUGCCGUGGAUUGCGAAUGUUCUGUGCGACAGUGAAAAUGCGCGAAACGUGGGAAAAGAGAGAGAGAGAGAGAGAGAGAGAGAGAGAGAGAGAGAGAGAGAGAGAGAGAUGAAACUGCGACGUGUUCUAUUUUUCGACAAAGAUGUAGUUACUUAACGAUCCCUAGCGAUUAAUCAAUCCGUUUUUGGUGCGAGUGUGAGAAAGCGGUGGAAUACGUAAGAGAACCGGGUGGUGAACAGACAAAAAACAAUUAUAGAAACGUACAUGUAUAGGUAACUUAAACA